AUGAAAAAAACAGACUCUAAGGAAGAGAUCAGAGCUCCGAGACCCAAAAGCUCCAAUUUUGAAAACGGGAACUUUAUUUUCAAGGCCUCUCUUUCACCAACAACCAAAAGGGCAAGAGAGAAAGGGAAAACUGGGGAAGUAGAACAAGGUUACGAAACCUGCACAAAAUGGACAUAA